UACUUUUCGCUGCCCUUAAUUCCAGCCUAAACGGGUUUUCUCCGGGAGAAGAAAUCUUUUCUAAAAACCUUGAAGAAGAGAGGGGCAUUAUUGUUUUAAUCCUCUUACCAGCAGUCAUUUUAAGACAUUUUUUUGGAGGGUGAAAUGGCGUCUUGUCUACCCAAUCCUAACCUAAAUCCCUCGGGGCCGGGGAGCUGCUGGAGGCAGUGCAGCCCAGCCUGCAUCUCUCCAUCUCAGCUGCUUUCCCACCAAACACGCAGUCACACCGAGGCAGGAGGAAAAUAAAAUUAAAGCGCGGAAUUAACCUGAGAGUCACCAUGCUAGAGAAAGUACAGGCCAUUACUUUCUGUUUGCAUAUCAUUUAAUUAAGACCUGUGUUAUAGACCUUUUUGGCUGAAUUCAAGCAUUUAUUUCUUUUAUAAGACUUAUAUUUAUUAUAGACCGCUGCUGAAGCAAAUAUUUACACUAAAGGAAAACUCAAAAAAAAAAUUUCAACAUUUUUUUUCGUCACACUUGUAAUGGUUGUUUAGGCCUAAAGUCAAUCCCCCCAAAAAAUCGAUAACUAACAAAUGGUCAUUUCAGCGUUUAUUAUAGGAUAAAUCAAAGUGAUUAAAGGAAGGUAACAGUAACAAGGAUUCUGAGUGAAAUCGUUCGUUAAAAAUAUAUUUAGACACCGUGUAAAUAAUAAAGUGCAGUUCCUUGACCUCGGCUCCUAUUGAGCAACACAUGUUGAAGUGAGAUAUUAAGUCAAAAUCAAAGAAAUAAUAAUUAAGCAGCCUAGGCUACAAGAGCGUCACAUAAUGAGGGUUUUUUUUGUAAUGCAUCUUGUUAUGUUGUGGUUUGUUCUGUUUUUAAUUAUUAAGAGGAUAUGCUAUUUAGGCUCAAUACAACCAAAACUUAAAUAUUAUUAUUAUUAUUAUCACCCCCCAAAAUAAUUCGCUUAAUGUCCAUAUCUAAUUAGAAAUAAUAAAUAGCUAAAUGUCAAUUCUGGCAGAAAAACCCCUACGUGCAAAAUUAAAAAAACAAAGAAAAGUCAUUUAUUUCCUCCAGAACAAAAAGAGCGGCAGCAGAAAAGUCGGCAGCUCGGAUGCAGGAAUCAUCUAUGAAGUGAGGAGUAAUGUGAAGAAGGAAGAGGAGGGGGUGGCGGGGAGCUGAGGAGCGAUGUGAUUGGCAGAGAGAAUGAGCGUCGGAGCGUCCCGGUGACCCCGCCCGGGGUCGCUUUAAAGGCCGAUAGAUGGCAGCUCAGCAUCCUCCCACAUCCACCGAGAGGCGAGCACGGAGCACGGAGCACGGAGCGGACCGAGCGGGACGCUGUCUGGAUAUCAGAGUGAAUGAACAAACGGGAAGAAACGGGAAGGAAAUGAAAAGCCGCCUGCGGAUUUUAGAGAAGAAGAUCUGAAAGGAAAAUAUCCGGCUACUCUGCCCGUGGACAUAUUUGGCUUCAGACUCACAUAGAAGAGAGAGACAGCGCGUCGGGCAUGCAGCACUACGGGGUGAACGGCUACUCUCUCCACGCCAUGAACUCACUGAGCGCCAUGUACAACCUCCACCAGCAGGCGGCGCAACAGGCCCAGCACGCACCCGACUACAGGCCUUCUGUGCAUGCACUCACUCUUGCAGAGAGACUGGCUGACAUUAUCCUUGAGGCCCGGUAUGGCUCCCAGCACCGAAAGCAGCGGCGGAGCCGGACAGCCUUCACCGCCCAGCAGCUGGAGGCCCUGGAGAAAACCUUCCAGAAGACCCACUACCCCGAUGUGGUGAUGCGUGAGCGUCUGGCCAUGUGCACCAACCUGCCAGAGGCGCGUGUGCAGGUCUGGUUCAAGAACCGUCGGGCCAAGUUUCGUAAGAAGCAGCGCAGCCUGCAGAAGGAGCAGCUCCAAAAACAGAAGGAGGCGUCUGGAGCGGCAGAGGGCUCUACAGAGGACUCCAAGGCCGACCUCACCACCAACACCACCACCAACACCUCCACCACCUCCACCACCGCCACCCUGGUUCCUGAGGCCCGCACUCCUCCCCCUCCCUCCUCUCUUUCAUCCUGUCACUCAGACACAGAGAGGCUGGCGGCAGCACAGCCGCAGCCUGGUGAGAUGAGCGUGGAAGUCAACGUCACCUCCCCUGAGCCAUCGGACAGCGAGUCAGCAGCAGAAGAUAAUGCUGACAGAGAGGAGGACGAAAUGAGGGGGGAGACGAGGGGGAAGAUCAGGGAGGAGACGCAGGGGGAGGGGGGAGCGCAGCUGGGGAGCAGCUCCCCAUCCUGCAAACGACUCAGCCCCACAUCAGACUCCCCCCUGGGCUCCCCCGCCUUGCCUUCCUCCAGCAGCGUGACCGGCGGUUUGGCUCAGAGCAACUCCUACGCCUCGUCUCCCCUCAGCCUCUUCCGGCUGCAGGAGCAGUUUCGCCAGCACAUGGCCGCCACCAACAACCUGGUGCACUACCCGUCCUUUGACAUGAGCACGCCGUCCUCUCUGCCCUACCUGGGCAUGAACGUCAAUAUGCCGUCCCCGCUGGGCUCGCUGCCCUGCCAGUCCUACUACCAGACCCUGUCGCAGGCCCAGCAGGUGUGGAACAGCCCGCUGCUGCAGACGGCGCCAGGCAGCCUCCCGGGAAGCCUCAACAGCAAGACCACCAGCAUUGAGAACCUCCGUCUGAGGGCCAAGCAGCACGCAGCCUCGCUGGGAUUGGACACGCUCCCCAACUGAAGCUCAUCCUGCUCAGUCGACGUGUUGGGCCUCUGCUCUGGGGCGUAGCUAUGAAUUAUGGGCCCACAAGAGGAGACUCUGGCUCCCCUACACUUUGCUCUCGACCUCACACCGGCACAGCAACUACAUCUACACAUCCAAAAAUACAUUAGAAAUAUGUCACAUUUAAACGAAAGCCUUUUUGACUGCUACCCAACCGGCUGUCAUAACGAUAAGUAAAAAAAUUCCUCUGUUCAAAAUCUCUCCAAAUUUCAAAUUUUUGCUUUUUUCACAUAAUUAAACAAAACAACCGCUGAGGAUGUUUUGUUUGCAGUUUCCUAGAUUUCAGCUGAACUCAAUUUCAAAACCAAAACGAAAUGACAAACAGCAGAAACAACAUAUUUUUAGGGACAUAUGAAAACCACAAAUGUGUUUCAGAGCAGGCACUUUAGGAGCCCCCCCCUCACCUUCACCCCAUCGUCUUCAUAUUGGCACGCAGCUCCCUGCUGAGAGCACACCACAACAUGAAGAACAUUGCUGCUGGACAGACUUCACAGAAAGCAAAAACUCGAUGGACAAAAAAAAAAAAAAAAAACGAACAAAAAAACCCAACUGGACUGCAGUUAUGACUGAGCAGUUCUCUCUGCCUGUGUGGAUGGAUCUCGCUUGUAUUUGACUCCUCCUGAUUAACAGCUUGAGCCACUUCUUCUAAUGCUAGCUGCUCACUAUGAUUUGAGCCUCCUCUGUAAAGUCAGGUCCUGAAACACAGAGCCGUCAGUCUCAUUCCUGGACAGACACGAGAUAUUAAAAUAUUCUAUAAUCCAACACCUGAACGUGAACUAUGCAUGCAUGCAGCUCUCUGAAGCAUGGCUUACAGCCGCACAACACAGAAUGAAGUCACAUCAGAUCUGAUAUUAGAAAUAAAGCUCAGACCGGUCACUAUAAUCCCCAAGACGUACGGUUUUUGUUUUGGGCUUUUUUUUUCCCUCUCCUUGUUUAGAGUUACAGCUCUACCUGCAAGAAUCCAUUGAGCGUUGUAAAUAUCCCACAGUGUUUGCCUCCGUCUGCCUGGCUUUUUAUGUGAAGGAUUUGACAGAAAACAUUCAAUUCAUUUCUCAAUUGUGGCUUUAAGCAAAAGGACCUACAGCAGAAAUGAAAUAAAGGGAGAAUCUGAAGAGGAGGCACGGUCAUAAAUAAAUAUGAACCCAGCCCACAUACAGUAUAUUUUUGUUAACUCGGGUGCCAGAUUGAACCCACCACUUUUUUUUUCCUGCACCAGUGGCUUCAGCAGAAAGACGCACAGGCCAAUUCUCUAUGUAUUAUAUCAAUGUAGAUUCAAGACAUGUAUUUCUCAAUUGUUUGAAAUGUGAGUAAUUUAUCUGUUUAAUUCAAGGGAAUAAAUCACACUUAAGAAUGA